AUGAGUGAACAAGAACAGGUCUAUAUGACCGUAAAAGUGUUAUACACUCUGGAUAAUGAUCCAAAUUCAUUUUUAUCGAGAUCCGGUGCUGUGGUUCCAGUGACUGUCGAACAGAUACCAAAUCCAAACAACGAGAAUACCACGUUGAAAAUAGGUGCCGUUGAAGCGGAAAAAGUGUUGAAACAGGUGUGCCAGUCGUCACCCGAACUUUUCCCAGCUUACGAUGGACAGCAAGUGAUGGAUAAGAAUGUGAACUCGGUAGAUUUCAACGUUUACGUGAAAGAUAUAUGUGAAGAGGAUGAACCUUUCGUGUCUUUGGGGUUGCUAUCAAAACUGCGACAAGAAUCAAAUACAGAACAAAAUUACAUGAUCGGACGUGUAUGUACGAAUUUUGCAUCGAUGCUGCAACGGUCCACGUCGCAGAUGAACUCGUUCAACGGAUUUGCCAGCAAAAACACUCUUGAGAUAAAAGUACGGUUUUCAAAAGUGAUGACAAGAGCGAAUUCCAGACGUUCAUCGAUAAGUGGGAAUAAUCAGCCUGCUGGAUUAUCCAUUAGUGCCGCAACGCCGGUUGCUUCUUCGGCUCCUUCCCCUGCUGUGCCCACAAAGGCAAGAAGGAUGCCCUCGAUGAACAACGUGAGAAGGCCAUCCAUAACAGGUUCCAAUCAAUCUGCAUACAGUAAGAAGAAAAGAGAUACAAACCCAAUGCCUGCUCCAAAAGCUGUUAGAACGCAGUCGCUGCCAAUAUGGAAUAAUCCUGGCAUCCCAAGAAAUUCAAUCGCUCAUAAGAUCUACAUGGCUGAUAGGAGUAAAGAGCAAAAUCAACCGCCAUCAGAUUCCAAACAGGAGAAGAAACUUACCUACCAGAUAUCCUCUUUACAACAGGAUAACUCAGUAUCGAAGUUCAAGGUGGACGAUUCAAUAUCUAAACGGUUUGAUUUUAUGAAGAAGAAGAGUUCAACUGGGAAAAAGAGUAAUAGCAGCAGUAGUAAUACCAAGAACAAUGCUUCUAUCACAACAAAUUCUAAGAAGCAGAAAAGAGUACAUUCCGCCAAUUCUAACCAAGAAACCACCGAGGAGAACGUGGAAAUGGAACUGCGGGCACCUGAAAUAUUCAACAAAGAAAAUAUUCCUCCCGUGGAAUCGAAUAUCGAAGAUUUGCUUCUAGAUUUAGGAUCUUCUAAUGAGGAAUGGUUCCAAGGAUUGUUCCAGUCACCAGCCAAAAAGACACCAAAUGAUAUUAACACUUUCAAUGGUAUUCCCAUCGAUGUCGAUAGAACUUCACCAAUAGAUACACUCUCAAUGCCCUUAGUAGAUUUAGAACCAAAUUCGGACGGUGCUAUUCAAGUAAGUACUGGUGAGCAAUUGAAGAAGCUAUCCUUAUUGCCUAACAUAAAGAAAAGGAAGCUUGGAUUGGCUGAUGGUGACACACCAAUCAACGAUGCUGUUGCAUUAGAAGAAGACGACGCAGAUGAGGAAGUUAUUGUAGAAGAUGAUGAUGCAACUUCUAUAAUGUUGCAAUUCAGUACUUCUCCAUCUAUAGUACAAGAUGCCUCUUCUUCAAGCUCAAAGCCAACUGUUCCAGUAAUUUUAGAAGAAGACGAAGAUCAAGAACAGUCGCACCUACUUGACCAAGCACAACAAAAAUGUGCCAAUCAACACCAGAAAAACAGAAACUCACAGCUGGAUUCUGAUGAUGAUUUUGAUUCAAAGAAGAGAUCAACGGCUAUGCCUUCUUCUCCAACUGCAAUGUUCCAGUAUCAAAUCGAUGAACCAAGCACAGAAAGUGAACAUGAUUUUUCCAAUGCCAGACAAAAGCUUGAUCAGGAUUCUACCCCAGCAACUCAAUACGGCUUCAGUGAUGACAAACGUUUAGAGUAUUCAAUGAAAUAG